GAAGAAAAAGGUUCAGAGAGUUUUUAAUAAAAUGGAAAAGAAUAAUGCAGCAGCAGAAAGGCUUAAAAGAAGCUUACUUUCUGCCUCAACAAAACCAGCUUAACCAGACAGACUCUGCGUACUCUCUCUCUCUCUCUCUCUCUCUCGAACGUCUCCGAGUUCAUUCACUUCUCUCACAAAGUCUGAUACUUUGAGGUAAAAAAUUGGUUGAAAAAACUUGAUGUCUAGGCCACUGGAGCAUGAUUACAUAGGCCUAACAGAGACUUCAUCUUCUCCAAUGGAAAGAAGCUCUGAGAAGAUUUCAUCUUCCACUUCCUCUGCCCUCUCGUCCACCACAGCAGAGGAAGAGAAGACCUCUUCCUCCGCCAUCAACCUCAAGGAGACUGAGCUCAGGCUUGGCCUGCCUGGGUCCCACUCUCCUGACAGAAAAAAACCAUCAGGGCUUGGACUUGGGGUCUCAUUUUUUGGGAAAGAUUUGGAGGAGAAUAACAAGCCAACUGCGUUUUCUCCAAACCCUCCAAAGAACCCUGUGUCAGGGGCAAAAAGGGGAUUCUCUGACGCCAUUGAUGGGUGUUCUGAGAAAUGGGUUUUUACCAUGAGUAAUGGAUCUGAGGUUGAUGUGGGUAAAGCAGGAGUCUUGGCUUCUCCAUUAGCCAAGAAGGAGGUUUCUUCCGUUCCUCUGUCGCCAAAGCCAGCAGCUCAGUUGGAGAAGAAGAACAUUCUGGCCUCUGAGCAUGCUGCUGCUUCUCCUUCUUGCAACAGGGCACAGGUGGUAGGAUGGCCCCCAAUUCGAUCAUUUCGGAAGAAUUCCAUGGCCUCUAAUCUGGCGAAAAACAACGAUGACGCUGCGGGCAAACAAGGGUCCGGGUGCCUUUAUGUGAAGGUUAGCAUGGACGGCGCUCCAUACCUGCGAAAAGUUGACCUUAAAACCUACAACAACUACACUGAACUUUCCAUGGCUCUGGAGAAGAUGUUUAGCUGCUUCACCAUCGGGCAGUGCAGUUCUAAUGGACUUCCAGAGCGAGAUGGUCUGAGUGCAAGUCGAUUGAUGGAUCUUCUCAAUGGUUCUGAAUUUGUUCUGACUUUUGAGGACAAGGAUGAUGACUGGAUGCUUGUUGGCGAUGUUCCUUGGCAUUACCUUCAAUCAGAUACACAACGAUGUUCACUGAGACCUGUAGGAGGCUGAGGAUCAUGAAGGGUUCUGAAACAAUCGGACUAGCUCCAAGGGCCGCGGGGAAGUGCAAGAACCGCAACUAACAUGAACCGUACCAGCUGGAAAUAGCAUUCUACAGAGCAUCAAAAUGGACUCGAAGUCGGGUGCUUGUUGCAGAGUCCGAAAUAUGUUUGAUAGAAUCCUAGUUUUUGUUUCUUUACGGACUGGAAAUUUUCCGAUUAGUUAGAAAGUUUUCGCUGGAGACGUCCAGAUUAUGUGUUUGCUGUUGCUGUUUUUCCCUCUUACAUGGACCACAUAUUCUAAUUACCGUGUAAAUGAUAUUUGCUGCUUGCAAAUCUCUUCCAGUUUCUUCUCUUAAGAACAACUGUACGUAUAAGUUCCUCCAAUGAUUUUUGAAACCGA